AUCCCCUGUUCUAGGCUGUCAGAUGCCACCCAGACUUAGGUGUCAACUGCAAAAUCCUCCUCUUUCUACACUUGCACUUACCAGUUCUUUUGUGCAUGCGUGGUUAUGUCACAGGCGCCAAAUGUAAUCAAAACCAUUCCCUGAAAACUACGCCUACAUGAAAUCUGCCCAACAUGCACAGAACUAGCCUCACCACGUAGCCAUCCCCUUCAAAUUUCCCUUACCUCAACUGAUCCCAAAUCCCUUCUUUUUCCUAGAAAACCAAACAACCCUUCUCUUACCUGCCCUCUUUUUCCAUUUCCAAAAAAAAAAAAAGAAGAAAAAAACAAGUUGGGAAGAGUUUCAAUUUCGAAGAAGAAGGUGGAUACGAGACCAACACCAACCAACUAACCAGACAUUCCCCAUUUUGAUUUGAUUAAAGUAAACUCUGGUUAACGCUUUCCUCUUCCCUUUCCUCAAAUUUUUAUUGAUUUUUUAUUUUUCAUUUUCAAAAUCACGUGGCAAUCUGACCUUCUUUUUCUCCAAUGUGUCGACUUCAUGCAAGAUGUAACCCUCCUCAGUUACUAUCAAGUUUUUGCUUGCCAGCUUGAUUUUACACGUGUACCGUUCUCUAGUGGCUCUCCCACCUGUGGCCCCCACUCUUCCCGUAUUCUCCUCUGUCACGUCACACGUUGUCCAACCUUAUUCUUCCACGUGGAUAUUGUUGCCUAAAGCUCCCCUCUCUAUUAUUGUGUACGGUAAAGGCCUCCUCUUGCUUGGGGGCCUAAACCGUAAAAAUAAUAAAUUCUGUGGACCACAAGGGCUCUAGAUAUUCUACACGUAGGCGUCAACGAUGUGGACGUGGGACCCACAAGUCAAAAUCAGCAACUGAUACGUAGAAAAAUAUGAUUGGACCACGAUACCAAAACGGAAUAAAGUUGGGACACGUGGCUCAAUUUCGUAUUCCUUGAUAGAGACACGUGGACAGACUCGAAAUCAAAAAAAGGAAAAGGUUUUAUUAUUAUUAUUUUUUUCAUCUCAAAAAGAGUUCAAAAUAAAUGGAAAAAAAUGGAGGACCACAUGCGUGUCGAGAAGGGGUUCCUCUGAUGCCGCUGUUGAAACCUGAUUGGGCCACGUGAGACGGUAACUGAUUAGAGAUAACACGUGGUGGAUGCAAGGGAAGAGAGAUGUGAGAUCAACGGUGGAGAUGAGUUCAUUUAGGGGAAAGAGCACUGUGUCACGGUACAAAUUGAAUACUACCUGUCUUUUUGUCUGCCCGUGAUGGUGACGGGCAGCCUACCCGUACCCAAAAAAAAAUAGCUUCUACCUAAAACUGAAAGCCUCUUCCGUUUAAAAGCAUUCGUCUGUAGGGCGCGCGAGCGUUCUUUCUAUUUCGUUUUCGCAUUCGACUUGCAUCGAUUCUUUUUAAAGCGUAAUUAAGAAAAAAAUUUCAUUUUUAAUUACGAGUGUAAGAGGUUGAGAGAUUUGUUACCGGAAAUUUUCAUGAUAAUGAUACGGUGGUUUAAGAUGUUGUGAUGGCGGAGAUCAGCUGCGGAGUGGUGAGCGAAGGUGAAGCGUCAAGACCGUGCGAGCUGAGUUCACAUGCUGCGAGAAGACGUAGAAUGGAGAUUAGACGGAUAAAACUCGUGGAGGUGGCUCCAUCUGAGACUAAGAACGGCCGGAAACGCCAGAAGCUCCAAAUUUACACCGCCUCCCUUGCUCUUGACUGUGAAAACGCUGAAGACAAUUCAGCCUCCGAUGAAGACGGGAAAAAACAAACGGUAAAAGUUAAAAAUGGAAGAUCGAAAACGAAAGGAACGAUAGUGAAAAGUCACUCGAGUCCCUCGCUUUCGGUACCUGUAAUCAAUUCGGAGUUAUAUCCUAAAUUCGGCGUUGCUUCAGUUUGUGGAAGGCGUAGAGACAUGGAAGAUGCCGUCGCUAUUCACCCGUCGUUUCACCGCCAAGGCCAGGACUCUACCGCAAUUGGCUUCCACUAUUUUGGCGUCUUCGAUGGCCACGGUUGCUCUCACGUGGCGAUGAAGUGCAGAGAGCGGUUACAUGAGCUGGUGAAAGACGAGUUGGAGAGCGAGGAGGAAUGGAAAGGUGCGAUAGAGCGUAGCUUCACGCGCGUGGAUAAGGAAGUGAUCACGUGGAACGAGAGCAUGGUUGGAGCUAAUUGCCGAUGCGAGUUACAGUCUCCCGAGUGCGAUGCCGUUGGAUCUACCGCCGUUGUCGCUAUCGUAACGCCUGAUAAAAUCGUUGUUGCUAACUGUGGUGAUUCCAGAGCUGUUUUGUGUCGUAACGGCAAGCCCUUUCCUUUAUCGUCUGAUCACAAGCCGGAUCGUCCAGAUGAGUUGAACCGGAUCGAAGAAGCGGGUGGUCGGGUCAUUUACUGGGAUGGCCCUCGGGUCCUCGGAGUCCUCGCAAUGUCCAGAGCCAUAGGCGAUAACUACUUAAAACCUUACGUGAGUUGUGAGCCGGAGGUUACGAUUACGGAUCGGACGGCUGAGGACGAAUGUUUGAUCCUGGCGAGUGACGGUUUAUGGGAUGUGGUGUCAAACGAUACUGCUUGCGGGGUGGCACGCAUGUGUUUGAGAGCGAAGAGAGAUGUGCCAUGUUCGCCGCCAGGAGGAGUGGAAGAGGAGGCGGCCGUCGGGUCCACGAUGGGAGCGGGAGGAGGAGAUAUCUCGGAUAAGGCGUGCACUGACGCGUCCAUGUUGCUGACAAAGCUGGCAUUGGCCAGGCAUAGUACGGACAACGUUAGCGUAGUCGUGGUGGAUCUAAGGAGAGCCACGUAGCUAUUUGAAGUUUCAAUCUUUUUCUUUCUGUUCUCUUUCUUUUUGUUUUUGCUUUUCCAAGAUUUAUGGUAUAUCACAGGUAAAAUCAAGAGACAAGGGAAGUGCAGUGUUAAAAUUUUCCUCAAUGAGCGGAAAAGAUCUGAGUAACGCAAAA